CGUGCUGACAGGGGAGGGGAAAGGGGAAAGCUGCUCCCGCACACAGCUCGCGGUCCUGGCACCCGGGAGGAGAUGCCCGGCCAGGGUCCGGUGUCCGUCUGGACGGAGUGCAGCUCUUCCGCAGAGCCGCCCGCAGUGGCCAGGACAGUGGGCGGCGGCGGCGGAUCAGCUGGAUACUGUUAUUACCAGAAUUCCAAAGGUACCGAUAGAUUCAAAGAUGGACAUAAAGUGAACAUAGCCAAGCUGCAAGAGUUAUGGAAAACUCCUCAAAUUCAAAGAAUUCACAUCCCUAAAUCAAUGACAGAUGUGCCCUUUCUAAAGCAUCGAGACCUCACCAUAGGCCAGAAGCGUUAUCUGUGCAGCAUUGCUAAGAUCUAUAAUGCAAACUAUCUGAGGACGUUAAUGAAGAGGCAGUACAUGCAUGUGAUCCAGCGCAGCUCACACAAGCCAGGUGCCCUCACUCAUCCCAGGAGCCGCCUCAGCUCUCGUUACGCACAGAAGCAGCAUUACCCCUGCACUACAUGGCGACACCAACUGGAGAGAGAGGACUCAGGGCCUUCUCACAUCGCAGCCAUAUGUGCAUCUGAAAUGAUCAUACAGCAUUCCCUUUGGCGACCAGUGAGAAACAAAGAAGGUUUAAAAACUGGAUAUGCAUCUAAAACAAGAUGUAAGUUGCUGAAGAUUUUUAGAAAACCAGGGAGACUGUUCAUGCAAUCAGUUUCUACAAAUGAUUCUGAAUCAUACACGAAUGAAGAAAAAAAGGAAGAAGAUUUACUAAAGUGUAUGCAAUCAAUGUCAAUUGAAGAACAGGGAGAACAUCUGAUGCUAACUUGACAAUCUCGUCUUGUGUAUUGAUAACGUGCCAAAAGUAGGGGUAAGAGGUUGUGAUUUGUGUCCUCUCUCUACAUUUAGGAUAGUAUUGUUAUUUACCAUUAAGUAAUUAAGUAAUUUUGGUUUGUUCAGAAACUUUUACAACAGUCUAAUUGGUUUGAUGUAGGUCCAUGUACCAAGGAUUGCGUAAUAAAUUUGCGUAGAAUAUAUGCUUAUAUUUCUAGCUAGAUACAAUUAAAAUUUUUCUUGUCACUUAAAAUUGAGUAAUUUUUCUUUAAGUCUAACAAGUACAUUGUGUAAUUCUUUCUCUGCUUUACAAUAAGUCCUAAAACAGCAACAUUAGAAUAGACAAGUAUUUUCUUGACUGAGCUGAGGAAAACUCUGAAAUCUUCCGAUUCAGAACAGCAUUUGAUAGAGAUAGCAUCCUGGCUUGCAAAGAAGGUAUUUAAUAAAUAUUUGCUGCUUGAAUACAACUUAAAAAUGGAAAUAUAAAUUUGCCCUAUUUUAUGAAAACUGCCACACAAACACUUGGACUCUCAAACUAGAUUAAGUUGGGAAUAGUGCUAAGGAGGCGAUUCCUUACGUUCUAUAUGCACUCUAGUGUGCUUUCCUUCUAAAUAUUGUUUUUAAAAAAUUUUGUUAAAACUUGAAAAAUAGGAACAGGGCAAUUUAAAGCAACAGUUUGAAGAAUCCCUGCUGAUUUCACAUGCCAAUAUGGUAUAUUAUUUAGAAAAUAAAAUCUGAGUGCACCAUUAUGACCCAGAACAUUGUAAGAAAUGAGAGAGCUCUGAAAGGUCAUCUCAGCUACCUUAUCACUUUAAUACUUGUCCACAGUUUGAUUCAAUCUCUUAUUUCUAUGAUUUGUAAAAAUUAAAACGCAAGUUUAUCAAGAAAGCAUAAAUGAAAGGUAACUGUUUAUUCCUGGAGAAGAAAAAAAUGUAUACAAGAAAGACUAGAUUCUUUCUUCUCAUGCACUACUUCUGUAAUAAAGUUCCAAAUACCAACUUUGAAAAUAUUUACAAGGAUAAACUUUCCCUAACACGUGACCAUUUACUGUGUGGUGAACACUUUUUCAUAGAAAUCAUAUACUUAAACUAAAUAUAUUCUUAUAGUUUACAAGAAGCUUAGAACAUUGUAUUAACAGAAGACGCUAUUAUAUUUUACUGCAAAAUAUUAUAAAAGUGAUACAGUUUUGUGGCUCUUAAAUGUUUAA